GCUCGUGGAGCGAUUCCUGCUGGAUGCCUACAAGCCUCACCAAGCUUCAACGUACGCGCUCACGCUGUUACGGCACAAGACGAAAGUUGAUGGCGAACCUGUAAUAGUGGAUUUUUGGGACACUGCAGGCCAAGAGAGGUUCAAGACACUGCACCCUUCCUAUUACCACCACGCGGACGCUUGCAUCCUGGUAUUCGACAUCACGAGGAAGAUCACAUACAAGAACCUUUCGAACUGGUACAAGGAGCUUAGAGAGCACAGGCCCGCCAUACCUUGCCUUUGUGUAGCGAAUAAAAUUGACGCUGACAGCACUGUCGUGCAAAAGAGCUUCAACUUUGGAAAGAAAAACGGAAUGCCUUUCUACUUCGUGUCCGCUUCUGACGGCACGAACGUCGUCAAAAUGUUUCGAGAUGCCAUUUCGGCCGCAUACAGGUAUCGAAAGGAUCCCACUGAUUUUAUCGAUCAAGUGUUGCAAGAACUGGAGGGUUUCAGCAGUGAAGGCGAGACUGAAGACGUGUCUUCAACUUCAGGCGGGAGUCCAUCGGUGAAGCCACUGUGAAACCAGACUGAGGUUACCGUACAGGGAACGACGCGAAGCAUUCUCUGCUGUGUGUGAAUGUCAUUUGCCCAAGACUGUUUUAAAGUGGGGUGCUCUGAAUUUGGUGCUCUCGUAUAUCAAUUCUCGCUUCGAUCAGAUACCAUCGCUUUGAAAACCGCUU